GGGGAGGCAUUCGGAAGUGGGUUGCCACAGCAUGACGAGCAUAGGUAGCAGGCAACGCCAGCUGCUCAUCAGCCGCCUGUCAGCGUCGCUCUCCUCGUUGUUCCGGCGAUCCUACUCCUCCUCCGGCACCUUGUCUUCUCCGGGAUAUUCCCCCUCCACAAACGACGUUAACCAUAGUGCUGCAGAGGCGGAGGCGGUGGCGGUGGAGCUCCUCUCAUGGGGGAGAGGAAGCUGCGGUCAACUUGGCGGCGGCGUGGAGGAGAGCAGGCUGUACCCAACCACCGUCUCAUCCUUCCAUCUCCCUUCGGAUUUCGGCCUCUCUCCCGUCUCCGGACGUCUUACGAAGACGUCAUCCCCGGCGUCGGUCGAAGUGGGUAUCUCGUGUGGUUUGUUCCACUCCGCCGUUUUGAUCGGUGGUAAGAUUUGGGUGUGGGGGAAGGGGGAUGGUGGUAGGCUCGGCCUCGGCAACGAGGAAUCUAUCUUCACUCCCGUCCUCAAUCCCAAUUUGGAAAACGUACGGAGCAUUGCUCUCGGUGGGCUUCAUUCUUGCGCUCUUACUACCAAUGGAGACGUCUUCACGUGGGGUUAUGGUGGGUUUGGGGCGCUUGGCCACUCUGUCUACCACAGGGAGCUGCUUCCUAGGCUGCUGGAAUAUGAUUGGAAUGGAAAAAUUAGUCAUCUUGCAACUAGUGGAACUCAUACUGCAGCUGUUUCUGAGCUUGGGGAGCUUUUUACCUGGGGUCGAGAUGAAGGUGAAGGCAGAUUGGGUCUUGGAAGUGGUGGAGCCCCAGAUGAAGGUGCUCUUGGGACCCCCACUAAGGUUGAGGCUUUGCCAGUGCCUAUUGCCGCUGUUGCAUGUGGUGGAUUUUUCACGAUGGCUUUAACUGCAGAUGGACAAUUAUGGAGUUGGGGAGGUAACUCCAACUUUGAGCUUGGGAGGGGAACUAGAAUCAGUGACUGGCGACCCCAGCCCAUUUCUAGCCUUGAAGGUGUUCAUAUUAUUCAGGUAGCCUGUGGUGGAUAUCAUUCUGUAGCACUAACUGAUAAAGGGAAAGUGCUGACAUGGGGCCACGGGAGACAAGGACAGUUGGGUCAUGGCAGCAAACAAAAUGGUGAGAUUCCGAAAGAGGUUGAGGGUCUUCUCGGGGAGCAUAUUGUAUAUGUUGCAUGUGGUAGUUCAUCCUCCGCCGCAAUCACUGAUGAAGGGAAAUUGUACAUGUGGGGUAAUGCAAAAGAUUUCCAGCUUGGUGUUCCAGGGCUCCCAGAGAUUCAGCCAUCCCCAGUGGAAGUCAAGUUUUUAAUGGAUGAAGCGUUGAGACCUCACGUGCUUUCAGUCGCCAUUGGAGCAACUCAUUCUAUGUGCUUAGUGAGAACGGCUAAAUCGCAGUCAUAGAACAUUUUUGUCUUACUCUCACUAUUAUUUAAAAAUGGCUUUGCUUCCAAUCGAAAACCAAAGAAGAUUUUGCCUGCUGAAAGAAAACAGUUAUUUGUAUAUAUCUGUUCAAAGAAACAAUGAGGAACGACCACAUGCUCGGGUAAGG